ACGAUUUAAAAUAUAUUUUGAAUUCGCAUAAAUAUUAAAUACUUAAAUAAUGUUUCACACUUUCACAGACAUAUUACAUUUUAUACAUAGUACAUAAAAUAUAAAUCGUGUGUUUAUCGUCAUAGACUAUAGUGGUUUAGUACUUGCUCUAUUUUUUUCCAUAGUAUUAGUAGUGUUAAUACUUAAUAAUUAUCAUAGUUAUUAAUAAUCGUCUUCUCUUCGAAUCGAUUGAAUCUGUGCAAUCGUUUGUCGGAUCUCUAUUUAAAUUGGUAUGAUUCACUCACUAUUCACUGUCCACCAAUAAUCUCUUAGGUAGAAUACGACAUCAUUAAUAGCUUGCACUUUGUUCCUUUCACACGAACAAAAAUUAUGGCCGAAAAUGGAGAGUCCAGUUCCAAAAGUAUAAAACGAAAAAAUUGUAAGGGCGCCCGGUCCAAAUCUUCUCAACCUGUAGUCUGGUCGGAGGACGAAAAGCUACAGCUGGCUGAAGCUAUUGAUAUGUACGGUAUAAAUUUUCCAAAACGUCUUGCCACUCGUGUCCCCACUAAAAACCUCAAACAGGUGAACCAAAAGUUGGCACAGCUAAGAGUUGAAAACCGAAAAGAAAUCGAGGAAAUGAAAAAAAGCCCGUCGUUCAUCGAUCUCAAUGAAAUGGAUGACUUGUUCUUGGUCAGCGGCACCAAGCCCGAGGAUGUGAUGAUCAAGUGGAUGGACUACCUUCAAGAAAAUUAUGACAAGGAGCCAAACUCUUUUAAUACAUUUAAACUGUUGUCCAGCUCAUUCUUGAUCAUGUCAGAGUGCACCCCACCACCGAAAACUACAGGACCAGACGUUAUAGACUUUAGAAAUGUGUACUAUUAUUUGUACCGUGUCUUUAACAACUACUAUAUUGGGAAACAGCAUGGAGAUACUAAGGUGAAAAAUUACCUCCACCAAAUGUUCUUGCGAGUGAUGGAGGAAAUCAAGCUCACAUCUGAUGAGGAGAAAGUAACCAUGUACAAGAUAGUGUCCAACUGGACUGUUGCCAAUAAGUCCAAUUCUCUGAGAGUAUACGGAAAAAAAAAUGAAAUCAAAACGGAGCAAACACAAGAAUCAGCCAAUUCAGGUAUCAAACCGAAUUUGAAAAUAGCACCCGAGUUUAAAGUAUUGGAAAACCCAAUGAUACCGAGUUUUAAUCCAUUUCAGAUCAAAUCCAAAAAGUCUUUAUAAUGCAAUUUGUUCCUUAUAAUAUUAUAAAAUUUUUUUUUUUAUUUAUUUAACAUGGCACAUUUAUCAUUAUUGCCAUUUCUUCUCAUUAUUAUUAGGUGUUGUGAUUUUUAUUUAUAUUUUACUUAGCUAUAAAUAAGAUUAGUUUCCGCUUAUUAAAGCAACUAGUAAAGUGUUUGCCAGUAUCCUCUGACUUAUUUUGAGUCUAUUCAAUUUUAACUUAAAUUAAUUUGCAAAAAAUUAUCAAUAUAAAAUAUUAACAUAUGAAUAUAAAUAAUAAAUUAAAACAUGAAUAAUAAUAUACAUUUGAUUGACUAUAAUUAUAGAAACUUAAAUAUAAUAUAUAUACAAUAUGUCAAUAUACAUGUAUUCAUAUAUAUUAUAUUAAAAAUAUUUAAAUAGUAAAUUAUGUUAUUGUAUAGUACUUUUGUAGUAGUAAAGAAUAGUAUUAAUAGCAUUGAAGCAUGAUAAUAAUUUAGUAGUCAUACAUUUUAAUUAUAAAAGUAUAAUUUCUAAUGAAAGAAAAUAUUACAAAAUUAUAAAAAUAUUUACUAUAAUUAAUAGGUAGAGAGGUUAAUGUAAUAUAUCAGGGGUGGCGAACCUAUGGCACGCGUGCCAGAAGUGGCACGUUGACCAAAUUUCAGUGGCACGCAAAUAUUAUUUAUCUUAAAAAAAAAUUAUAUUUAAAAGUUUAGUACCUAUGAGAAAUUUUAAGAAUCAAAUUUAUAAGUUUGUAAUAAAACUUUACAUAUAUACUACUUAUUUAUUAAAUUAUAUACCUAAUAAAAUGUGUGUAAUUAUUGCAUGCUUUUUCUUUUCAUCUUACCUAGUAAAAUUCAUUUUUUUUUUUUUUGGCACGCGAGCAUAAUCCAAAAAACUUGAUUUUAAAUUUUGGCACUUGACCCAAAAAAGGUUCGCCACCCCUGUAAUAUAUUAAUAAAUUAAACUACAAAAAUCAUCGGAUCCUAAACGGCUCCUGUCUAUUGUUUGCAUAUUUCCAAACAGCUCCCAUCAAAAAAGGUCUAACAAACAGUUAAAUACCUAAAAGGCUCCCAUAAAAAAAAUUUAAAGCUGUCAUGUCAGUACACUUAAUUUUUAAAUGAACUAGAGUUCAUUAGGAGACAAAUUUUCAUCUAGUAAAAUAACAGUAUUGUGUAUGGAUUACAUAAAAAAAAUCCCUAUUGUAUGAUUUUUUUUUUAUAUUUCUACUUAUACAUGCAUUUUUUUUAACACUAAAAUUGAAUAUUAUUUUAGUAAAAAAAUCACAAUAUAUGGUUUUUCUAUCUAAGUUUUAUAAUUUAUUUAGUUUACACCAACAAAAGUUUAACCAAACCUCUUUUGAUACAGUUUUAAGUCUGUAUGAAAUGAAAAUGAACUUGUAAUGUAAAAAACCAAGCAGUUUAGAAAUUUACCUGUUUGUAAAACCUUUUCGACGGGAGCCGUUUAGGAAAAUGGGAGCGAGUAGGUUACGACCUCAAAAAUAAGUUCAAUUGAUAUAAUAUUGCUUAUUAAAAUAUUGAAAAAAUUAAUUUUUUUAAUUUUGGCUCAACUUCAAAUUUUUUUUAUUAAUUCUUUGUUCUUUCAAAUCGUCAUAUAGAAUUUUUUUUUAGAGGUUAUUAGAAUGUUUUACUAAUAAUUUUUUUUAUUGUUUUUUUUCUGCUAUAAAUAUUGAUACAUCAAUAUUUUCAAUAAAAAAUAAUAUAACAUUGUAAUGAUAAAAAACAUGAGUGACUGUGAUCUUUUCUACUUGAUCGUAGAAUUAUGAAUAUCAAUAUUGUGAUCUAAAAUUAUAAGAUCCGCCUGCGGAUGAUGUACUAAUAGUUUUUUGUAAGAUGUUUAAGAUUUUUUACAAGUAGACAGUGUUUAAAAAAUAAUUAAAAUUCAUAUUAUGGAAUACUAAUUAAUUAAGCUGAUGUAUUUGAGCAAUACUGAAAUAUUUUUGUAAGUAGGUGUGUCAAAUAUUAUUAAAUACCUAAAAAAAAAAAAAAAAUAAGCAGUGUUCAGCUGUAUAGUAGGUGUCAAUUGUCACUAUAGUAGUGUAGUAUAAUGACAAACUAACACCUUUAUUACUGCACAUGAAAAAGGAUUCAAUAUCAUUAGGUAGAUUUUAAAAUAUGAUUUUUUUGUACUGGUAUUGAAUUUAUUUAUUUUACUACUAGUACCUUUAAUUACAGUUGGUUAAUUAAAUUUAUACUGAGAAUAUUGCAUUUAUUAUAUGAUUAAUACUUAAUUAUCAUAAUAGUAUAAUAUAGGUGUUAGAAAUCAAAACAACUUAUUAUCCAAUCCUUUAAUAGUUAAAAAAAAAAAUAAUUGGCUUCAUAAAGAUCAAAAUAUAAAAAUUUAAAUAUUGUAAUAUACCUUUAAUCUAGUUGCUUAAAUAAUGUAUCUUAUUAGUAAUUUAUUAUAAACAUUAUAUUAUACUAUUAGUCUCCUUAUAUUAAUUAUUAUUUCCUAAAUUGUAUGAUUUAAUUAGUUUCAUUGUAUAAGUCUAAAAUUAUAAAACAUUUAAAAUGUAAAUUGUAUUAACAUAGGUAAAGGUUUAUAUUAAGUUUAAUACUGUAAAUUGUGAAUUAUUGGGUCUCACACAAACAACAAAUCUGUUCAAUGGGACCCAUUAUCUUUUUGAAAAAAUAAACAAACAAUAAUAAUAUUUAUACCAUAUUAUAAAA